UUGAUUAGAAUUGUAAAAGCAAUGGAGCAAGAACAAGAGAGUUACAAAUCAAGAUUGUUUCAUUUCAAGAACAUGAGCGAACAUUCAGCUUCAAGACAUGUUAAAAGCUGGAGUUCAGAUUGCGCCAUGAAAAUAGAUGGUUCAGACAGUUUUGAUGAUGAUGAUAAUGACCUGAUGUUCAGAAGUCAACCCGGAAAUUUUGGCAGUGUUGAACGGCCACCUUUGCCUUCAAGCGGUGAUGCAACGCCCAACCGCAGUGACAAGAUUGGUACUCCGAGGAUGGUUUCUUCUGAAUCCAUGGAAGCACAAUUACAAGCAGCCAUGGAGCAAAUGAAAGAAAGGUUUUCAAAACUGCUUCUCGGAGAAGAUAUGUCUGGAGGAGGAAAAGGCGUUUCUUCGGCUUUGGCUUUAUCUAAUGCCAUUACCAAUCUAGCAGCAUCUGCCUUUGGAGAACAGAGGCGUUUGGAGCCAAUGCCUGCUGAUAGAAAAGCGCGGUGGAGAAGAGAACUUGGAUGGCUUAUCUCUGUGGCUGAUCAUAUAGUUGAAUUCGCUCCAACGCAACAAACAAACAAAGAUGGAUCUUCAAUGGAAGUCAUGACAACAAGACAGAGAACAGAUCUACUCUGCAACGUUCCUGCACUUAAGAAACUCGAUGCAAUGCUCCUUGAUUGUCUUGACAAAUUCAAGGACCAAAAUGAGUUUUAUUAUGUCAAAAAAGAUUCUCCUGAUUCUUCAGAGACAAGAAAUGAUGAGAAAUGGUGGUUACCAGCGGUUAAAGUCCCACCUAAUGGCCUCUCCGAGAUGUCAAGAAGGUUUCUACAGAGCCAAAAGGAAUGUGUUAAUCAAGUCCUUAAAGCUGCAAUGGCAAUAAACGCUCAAGUUCUGUCUGAAAUGGAGAUUCCUGAAAGCUACCUGGAAUCACUUCCUAAGAACGGGAGAGCUAGCUUGGGAGAUGUGAUAUACAAAAUGAUAACAGUAGAGAUGUUUGAUGCAGAUCAGUUCCUGAUUGAAAUGGAUUUAUCAUCCGAGCACAAGAUUCUUGAUCUAAAGAACAAAAUCGAAGCAUCGAUUGUGAUAUGGAAGAGAAAGAUGGUGCAGAAGGACACAAAAUCUCCUUGGGGCUCAGGAGUGAGUACUGAGAAAAGAGAACAGUUUGAAGAAAGAGCUGAAACAAUCUUGCUUCUUUUGAAACAAGGGUUUCCUGGAAUCUCUCAAUCCUCGCUUGACAUCAGCAAGAUUCAAUGCAACAGAGAUGUAGGACUUGCUAUAUUGGAGGGCUACUCGAGAGUGCUUGAGAGUUUGGCUCACACGGUGAUGUCGAAAAUAGAAGACGUGCUUUACGCUGAUCAGCUUACUCAAGAACCUACAAAUGCACCUUCUAAAAACAGAUAUCUUGUGAAAGAGACAAUGAAGGAGGAAAGACUUAGUUUUUCGGAGGACACGGCUACAGGGACAUCACUAUCUGAUGUUAUGCAAUGGGGUAACAAGAACAAUGAAGUGAAGAAAGAAAGCUAUUAUGGAGAUCGAGACAAACCAUUGUUGUCCAAAGUCACAGGCCUUAUGACAACCAACAAGAAGAGUUCUUAUCUUGAAACUAUUGGAGUUAUGAGGAGUCCAACGGCUAGAUACUCCUGAAAGAAUCGGUUUCUUUUUUUCUUGUAAAAUUAGGUUUGCUUGUUGCAUUUUCUAUAAUUCAAAUGGAAAAGCACCAUC